ACUUCUGUAACCUGUUUCCUGCUCCGUCAUAUUCUCUAAGGCCUCUGCUGACUCUCGCUCAGUACUCAUCAUUACUGUAACUGUGGAGAACAUCGCACCAUUUCACCUGACGGAUGCACUCAGUGAUUUGAUUGAUUUGUCAAUUGGAAGGAAGCAUUGGCUUCCCUUGUCAAUCCAAACCGCAGACUGUAUUUAAAGAUGGACGACACACGUCUUCGCUUCCUCCCGCUGUACUAAAUGAAGCCAAAAUAUCCGGAUACGGGAGCUGCCAUCUUGUGCUGGUGACGUCAUUUGGAGCCGGAGUCUGCGCAGUAGUGAUCGGGGUCGGAGCCGCGGCGUCGAGGUCCCGCCCACACACCGGGCCGACCCAAUCGCGAGCAGAGCUCAGCUGUGAAACCCCCCUUUUAAAGCAUCAAAUAACUAAUUAAAUCCAAACUUAGGGGGCGGGGUUUAUGAGCUGUACUGCAGCCCGCCAGCAGGGGGCGAUCCGGAUGUUCUGGCUGCACUUCUGGGGAGCUGUCAUGGCGUCCAUCUUUAUACACAGUCUGUGAUCCAAAGUAAUGUCUAUUUUUAAGUUAAUACGAAUGAUACUGCUUUAACAUUUAACUGGAAGAUUUCUGCUCUUCACCAGUUGCUAGCUGCUAAAUACGUCAGAAAAUGAAGUGACGUGAUCAUCAUUUACUUUGACAAAGAUUUCCCACACAGUCACACAAACCAUCUCUGCUUGAGAAAAAAUAGUACACAGUACUUUAUAGUACCGUUAAGUUUAAUUCUGUAGUUUUCUAAGUGAUGGAUGCAACAUCAGUUAGCUACAGCUGGUGAAAGCAAUCAAAUCAAUAGGUCGUCUUUCAGGCAAAAAUAACAAUUGCACUAGAAUGUGAAACUGUAAUGUGGAUUGCAGUAUCUGCAGGAAACCAGCAGCCAUGAGAGUAAACGUUAAAAAGUACCAAAUGGAGCGUUAGGGUUAACUGUAAUAGCUCCAGCUGUCGGGCGUCAUCGCAGCGCUGUUUGUGACGACGUAGUAAACGUAUGGCUGAGCUGUCAAAGUGAAUGAAAUCAUCGCAGGAACUGUACCGCCACGCUUGUUUUGCAAAGUGAGUGAACAAACGGGGUUCCAACAUUAAUGCUGCAGCAAAAGAUUAUUUUCAUUAGUGAUUAAUCUGUCGGUGAUUUUCUCGAUUUCUCGAUUAGUUGUUUGGUCCAUAAAAUGUCAGAAAACGGUGAAAAAUGACUCUUUUCCCAAAGCCCAAGGUGACGUCCUUUAAAUGUCUUUCAGUUUACUGUUGCAGAGGACGAAAGAGACCAGAACAUAUUCGCAUUUUAGAAGAUGAAAUCAGAGAAUUUGGAAAUUUCUUCUUAAUCGAUUAAUCGUUCUGAGUCAUUAUCAAAAUAGUUGGCGAUUAAUUUAAUAGUCGACAACUGAUCCAUUAAUCGACUAAUCGCUGCAGCUCUGUCCAACAUUGGUCGUAGAAACAACCAGAAGUGACAACAGAUUCCCAGAAAUGACUUAAGAGCGAGGGAUUAUUUAGUUGUGUGUCCUCCUCCGGGAUGUUGACAGGUCUUCGGUGGCGCGUCCCGGGACCCUCAGGGUCAUUUGAGUGGGAAAAGAAUAAAUCCAGGACAUGAUUAGAAUUUAAUAUUUUAAAUAUAACUAAAUGUUGUUUCUAGAGCAGCAACAGUAAUGUUUAAAACAACAAAGUCACUAAAUAAACCCAGUAAUAUGUCAGUGUGAGCGGAGGAGCUCAGCCCCGACACGGAGAGCAGGGGAGCGGCUGCAGCGCGAUAAUAAAUUACACCAGAACGUUAAGAAGUACACAUAAGGAACCCGCGGCCCGUUUAAUACCAGGUUUUGGUGCCCGUCCCUAGUGACUGGAGGGUUUUAUUUCAUUAAUUUAUUUUGGACAGCGAGGUUUCUUUUGUUUAUUUCUAUGAGGUCAACACGGAUUCGUUGUUCACAACGUGGCAUUGUCAGGGAAAUAGGGUGCGUCCCCCGGACGCGUCAAUAGUGGCUUUACUGCAACAUCACGGCCUUCUUAUCAGACUGAUGAAAUGUCAAAGAAAAAAACAAUACUAAUAAUUAUCUGAAAUGAUAUUCUGAAAAGGCAGGAAAGGGAGCCUGAAGCUUUAGGAGCCUUGCGCUACUUUCUUACGCCAUCACACGUCAUUUUUUGUUGAAAGUUCUGACAUUCUUGUAGUUGAGGACGAUUUAAGGGCUUUAGAAAUAUGAAGUUGAAGCAGAGUAGUUACAGUAACAAGCGAGUUUCUUGUGCUGAUUGAUCAGGACUGUAUUUUAUUAUGUUGCUCGCUUAUAGUUCCAAAUAUAGUGGUUUCAUUAUCUUUUAUUAGGGUGGGAGAUAUAUAGAUAAACUCCUUUUUGUCAAGGUGUUUGUAACUUUACAUCAUGGUAUCAUAUACAGUAAAGUUUAUGCAAAAGCUAUUAAGAAACUGUCAGGAAUGUCUGAUUCGUCAGGUAUUUAACAACUGCAACACACUGGACCAAAACAAACUGUUUGAUCACGUUGAUUCAAAUAUACAAUAUUGCCAUUAAAAGGUCCUGCUCAUUGACCCGAUGCACCCAGAAGUAUGAAAGGGAUACACACCACAGUAUGACAGUGGCACAGCUCCUUUGGCCUGCCUGGUCACCAUGCUGCACUCCCAGGUGAGGGGAGACCGAGUCAAGAACAGCAUCUUCUUCAAGCUGCCGGGACGGAUGAGCCUGUUCACUCUCAAGAAGAACGCCCUCCAGUGGACAAAGACAACAUCGGAGUCGGAGACAUCAACAGAGCCGGCCGGCAGCACGCCCACCCCGUCUUCCAGCAGCAGCACCCCUGCGGCAGGCUCGGCCGUGGCCCCGGUCGGCCCCACCGAGGCCACUGAGCAGGAGAGCUGCGACUCCACUGAGACCACCGCUGCUGCCAGCGGAGACAAUGACGCCUCGGUGGACGAGAGCUCGUCCAGCGCCUCCUGCUCCGCGGAGCUGCCGGCUCCCAGCAGCCAGCCUCAGACCCGCCUCAGCAGGGCAGCAGGACAGCAGGGACGUUCAGACCCACAGCAGACCCAGCAUGCUCAACACGCCCAGACCAGACUGAGCCGCUCAAGACAGUCAGGGAGGCAGAGGAAGAAAGCAGUCAUGAUGCCUCGCGUUGUCCUCACCCCUCUGAAGGUGAACGGAGAGCACGUCCCCUCAGGGCCCAUGAAGAGGAGUCGAGGAGGGGUGGAUGUAGACUUUGAAACACCGGGCUCCAUCCUGGUCAACACUAACAUCAGAGCCCUAAUCAAUGUGCGGACCUUCUCAGCCUUCCCCACACACUCGCAGCAGCAGCUGCUGCAGUUGCUGCCAGAGGUGGACCGACAGAUUGGACCUGAUGGUAUGGCCAGACUGAGUAGUUCAGCUCUCAACAAUGAGUUCUUCACCCAUGCCUCCCAGAGCUGGAAAGAGAGGCUGGCUGAGGGUGAGUUCACCCACGAGAUGCAGGUGCGUUUCCGGCAGGAAAUGGAGAAAGAGAAGAAGGUAGAGGCGUGGAAGGAAAAGUUUUUUGAAGAGUACCAUGGGCAAAAGUCCGGCCUGACGCAAGAGGAGUCCCUAAAGCUUACCAUGAGUGAAGCCAGUGAAGUUGCAGCCAGUGUGCUGGACAGUGAUGUGGCUGUGGUUGCAACUGGUGCCCCCAAGAGACGCAGCGUGGGUCGGCGGAGGAGAGAUGGAAGGAUGAGGAGACGCACGAGAGCAGACCUGCGCCGCAGGGCCCGCAGGACCCUCUGCAAGGCCACCCCUCCAGCCCUGCAGUCUGCAGACGCAGCUGAGGCCAGCGCCGGACUGGACAUCUCAGCAGUCUCUAUUGGCUCUCCCAUGUCCGACAACACGGUGGUUCAAGGCGAGGUGGUGCUGCAGGCUGAGUGUGGCGUGGAGCUCCCAGCUGAGAGUGCCUCCAUGGAGCCAAAGCCUUCUCCCACUCCAGAGCCAGUCUCAUUUCCAGCCCCCACUCCCACUCCUACUGCCACUCCCACUCCCACUCCUACUCCUACUCCCACUCCUACUCCUACUCCCACUCCCACUCCCACUCCCACUCCCAGCCCCAGCCCCAGCCCGGCCUCCACCAGCGCAAACGAAGAGCCCGAAGUUACGGCCCGGUUGCUCCCAGAGGAGGCUGCUCCUGUACUGGCUUCCACCUCCUCCCCUUCCUCCUCCUCCUCUUCUUCUUCGUCUGCCUCUUCACCCGCCUCCUCACCCUCCUCACCUUCUGAUAGACAGGGAGCUUUUGCCGCAGGCCUGGACUCUUCUUCAUCCUCCUCAGCGUCCUCCAGUGCCGCAGUCGCCGCUGAUCCCCUGGAUGACACUGCCUCAGUGGUCACCUCCAUCACAGGGGGUACCGCCACCAGCAGCCGUGAGAGCAGCCCCUCAGCCAGCCCAGCCACCACCCCUGUACCCAGCGCCCAGCUCAAGGAGCAGAAGAGAAGGCCAGAUGAGGCUCAGGCCUUUUCCAGCUUCCCCGAAAAGAGGCCGCGGCUUGACGACCGUCAGUCCUUUCGUACCACAAUUGACAGUGUCCGUUCGGAGAAGCCGCAGCCGACCACAGAGGAGCCCAAGGUGCCGCCUAUCCGGAUUCAACUGUCCAGAAUCAAACCUCCCUGGGUCAAAGGGCACCCCACCUACCAGAUCUGCCCCCGGAUCGUGCCCCCCGGCGAGGGCUCGCGGCGGUCGGGGACGGGGGGCGCGCGCACCCUGGCGGACAUCAAAGCCCGCGCCCAGCAAGCCCGGGCCCAACGCGAGGCCGCUGCUGCUGUUGCAGCCACUUGCGACGGGGCAGGGCCGGCCGGGGUCAGGCUGCGGCCUGCUGCUGGGCUACCGGAUAGCAGCAAUGGAAGACGAGCGCGAGAGCAUCCAGGACCUAUCGAGCCCGGAGGAGGAGGAGGAGGAGGAGGAGGAAGUGGAAGAAGGGGAGGUGGUGGGAUGGAGGAGCAGGGAUCGUCUUCUGGCGCUAAUUCGUCUGGAACACAACUACAGCUUCUCAAUGUAGAACCCCAGCCUUCCCCUUCCCUGUCCACUACGUCAACCUCCAUGUCCUUGGAGCUCCCACAGACCCCAAGCCCUCCUCGAGAAGAGGGAGCUGGGGGGCCAGAGGCUGGAGAGGAAAUAGAAGCAACAUCAGCCAGUGCCCAGAGCUCCUCCAAUGGGCUUACAGACAAGGCAGCUGACUCACCAGCUCCAGAGCCUGACACUGUAUCUGAGUCUUUAGCCACCCAGCGGGCCAGGCAAAGCCAGGUUCCUGAGUCUGCUGCUGCCCCCUCAGAGAGGGCAGGUCAGGGUUGUGAAAAACCCUCACUGGCCCCAACCUCCAUUCCAGAUUCCCUUCCCAGGUUCGGGGCUCAGGGUGUGGACGUUAUUCAGACAUUGGCCAGCUCCUGUCAGCCCAAAGAGCAGGUACAAGGGAAGGAGGCUGGACUGGGUGGUGUUAUCCAGCAUGGUUCCCACCAUGUAGACACCCAAGACGUAUUCUCUCACUCGGCUACAGAGAGACAGCAAACAGACGCAUCCUCUCCCCAACAUGUGGACUCCUCUGUUGGAGAGAAAGAUGACGAGGCUGGGACACAUAGCGACUCCACGGAAACCGCUUCGGACUGUGAGAACGAGAGCCAGGAGGAUGAGCAGCAGCAGCCUGACCAGGACUGGUGCCCCCAACUGAGCACCCAGAGAAACGGCCAGCUGGUCAUCUGCAGCCCUCCUCCUCAGAACCAGCAGCCAGUCAUCCAGGCCCACGUGUCCAGCCGUCAAGGUCAGACUGUCAUUCAGCCUUGUUUCCCCAAUGGCCUGCUUCACCCUCAGCACAGCCACUCCCAUUCCCAGGACCACCAGUCUCUCCCCACAGCCCACCCGCAGGGGCUCAGGGACACCAACGUUGUGGUCAAAAUGGAGCCUGCAGAUGAUUGUAGAGUCUCCAGACAGAGCUCUGUUGAAGAGGAGUGUCAUGGAGGUUUAAAGCCCUCUGUCACUCACCCAACUGCUGCAGCUGCCUCCAAGAGAUUGGCAAGCUCAGCCAGACCAGUGUCCAGUGUGGAGGCCAACAACCCUUUGGUCACUCAGCUACUACAGGGCAGCCUGCCCCUGGAGAAAGUUCUGCCCUCGCACUCUGCCAACAGGCUGGAGAUCAACCGAGUGCCAGGACCCCAACCCAGACCACCAGUGGCAAGGACCCCAGGGCCACGCAACAGGCCUGAGGUCUCAGCCCAGUCUCCUAGCCCAGAACUGACUGCAGCUUCUCAGAUCCACAACAAGUCUCCAACAAGCCGCCCGGUCUCCUGUCUGAUGGAGGCCCCAGCCGCAUCGCAGUAUCAGUCCCAGCAGGCCCCCGGGGCUGUCCCGGUCAUCACCUCUCUGCCACCCUCCUCGUCCUCCUCCAGUUCUUUGUCCUACAGAAGUAAGUCAGACCUUAGCUCUCUGGUAACUGCAGACUCCACAGUGGUCAAAGACUCUCAUGGUCCUCAACCCUCACAGGGGGCGACUCCAGACAGGCCCCAGCCAUCCCACCGGACCAUGCCUAAUGGCCCCUCUCCUCCUCAUGCCGACCCCUGUCCCACAGAGGUGGUGCCUACUAUUAAGAUCAACUGGCGGCCCCCACAGUCUCAGCUCCCCCACCCUCACCAACAGCAGCUGUCUCCUGCACCCGCCGUAAAGAAUGAAGUCGGUGCACGGCCCUCUUGCCAGGCUCUUUCCAAGUCCUCCCCCAUUAAACCCAUGAGAGUUACCAAAAAGGAGCCUGGGAGCUCUGUGGAUGGCUACCUGAGCGGAGGGGCGAUGGAGGGACUCCUCAACAUGGAGAUGACUUUAGCCAGGAUGGCAAAGAAGGAGUACAGCAAAGCUCCCUACUCCUCUGGCUCUCCCUCCUCCUCCUCCCCCUCCCCCUCCUCCUCUGCCUCCUCCCUUCCCUUCCAGCUGUAUGGGAAGUUCCCCAAGCAAGGUGGAGGUGUUGGAGGAGUAAGCUACACAGCCAAUGUGUCAGUGAUGGACAAUGGCGGUUUCUCCCGGAGCAUGGCGGAUGGCGUGCUCCAGCUGCGCCCCCGCUUGGCCUCCAGCCAGACCACCCUGAGCAUCCAGGCCUUUACUGACAGUACGGCCGAGGAGGUGGCGCUCAAGUGCUCGUGCCGCCUCAAAGCCAUGAUCAUGUGCCAAGGCUGCGGUGCCUUCUGCCAUGACGAUUGCAUCGGGCCCUCCAAACUGUGCGUGUCAUGUCUGGUGGUCAGAUAGUAUGUUGACGUCCCUGUGCACUGUAGAACUGCUCUCUGUACAGUAUCAGCAGCAGGACUGAGGGGCUCCACAGUGUACAGAAGCCUGAUUAGGGUGGAGCACACAGGAGGAGCCUGACAGGCAAGAUUUGCCUUGUAUAAUAUAAUUGGUCUGUAUUUUUUUUGUUGUUGCAGAUUUUCAGAUUUUUUUUUUAGCUGUACUGAUAUAUUAUUAUUAUUAUUGUUAUUAUAAUUAUUAUUAUUAUUAUUCUUGUGAAUUUGGGGCAUGAUUGAUUGUAAAUUGUGCCUUUUUUGUUUUCUCUCCUCAAAAACAUUUACCUCAUCUUAUCUUGCUCAACCUGUCAUCAUUUGGUGGCCAUCAUUGUUUCAGUCCCUCGUUUCCUCAGCAAACAGGGACUAAUUGUUGUCUCUUUGCGCAAAGAAGUAUUUUUUUAACCAUUAAAAUGAGUAAAUGACGUUUCA